UGCGCAUGCGCAGUGCAGUGACCGCGCAGUUCCUCUGACUCCAGACGUUUGAAAGCUGCUGGCACCGUGAGCUCGUCUGUUCUGCGGCGCCUCCUCCAUCACAUCCCGGCUCAAACUCCCUGUCACGUCACGAGCAUGGAGCUGAAUGAUGCAAACCUACAAACCCUCACCGAGUUCCUCAGGAAAACACUGGACCCAGACCCAACAGUCAGGCGUCCAGCUGAAAAGUUUCUUGAGUCUGUGGAGGGGAACCAGAACUACCCCUUAUUUCUUCUCACACUGUUGGAGAAGUCCCUGGACAACGUGAUCCGCGUUUGUGCAGCUGUUACAUUCAAGAACUACAUCAAAAGAAACUGGCGAAUUGUUGAAGAUGAACCAAACAAAAUCUCGGAUCCAGACCGAACAGCGAUCAAAGCAAACAUUGUAAACUUGAUGCUCAGCAGCCCGGAACAGAUUCAAAAACAGUUGAGUGAUGCCAUCAGUAUCAUAGGCAGGGAAGAUUUCCCUCAAAAAUGGCCUGACCUUCUAACUGAGAUGGUGAACCGCUUCAGAAGUGGAGACUUUCACAUCAUUAAUGGAGUGCUUCGCACGGCACAUUCACUCUUCAAGAGGUACCGCCAUGAGUUCAAAUCAAAUGAGCUGUGGACAGAGAUAAAACUAGUGCUGGACACAUUUGCUCUACCUCUGACAGAACUGUUCAAGGCUACAAUUGAGCUGUGUCAGACUCGCGCCACAGACGUCAAUGCCUUGAAGAUCCUUUUCUCCUCCCUCACACUCAUCUCCAAACUUUUUUACAGUCUAAACUUCCAGGACCUUCCAGAGUUUUUUGAAGACAACAUGGAAACCUGGAUGACCAAUUUCCACGGCUUACUGACUUUGGAUAAUAAACUUUUACAAACUGAUGAUGAGGAGGAAGCAGGUCUCCUGGAGCUUCUGAAGUCUCAGAUCUGCGACAACGCUGCUCUUUACGCUCAGAAGUACGAUGAAGAGUUCCAGCCUUAUCUUCCCCGCUUUGUCACUGCCAUCUGGAACCUUUUAGUGUCUACCGGCCAGGAAGUCAAGUAUGACCUGCUUGUGAGCAAUGCUAUCCAGUUCUUGGCUUCAGUCUGUGAAAGGCCACACUACAAACAUCUAUUUGAGGACCAGAAUACACUCACUAGCAUUUGCGAAAAGGUCAUCGUGCCCAACAUGGAGUUCAGGAGUGCAGAUGAAGAGGCCUUUGAAGACAACUCUGAGGAAUAUAUCCGAAGGGACCUGGAAGGAUCCGACAUCGACACUCGUCGGAGGGCGGCAUGUGACUUGGUGAGAGGCCUUUGUAAGUUUUUCGAGGGCCCAGUCACAGCUAUCUUCUCUGGCUAUGUGAACUCUAUGCUAACAGAGUAUGCAAAGAACCCUGGAGAGAACUGGAAACACAAAGAUGCUGCCAUCUAUUUGGUCACAUCGCUGGCAUCUAAAGCCCAGACACAGAAGCAUGGAAUAACACAAGCCAACGAGUUGGUGAAUCUGACUGAGUUCUUCGUGAAUCACAUCCUCACAGACUUAAAAUCUUCCAAUGUUAAUGAGUUCCCAGUGCUGAAGGCGGAUGCCAUUAAGUACGUCAUGAUCUUCAGAAGCCAGCUUCCGAAGGACCAGCUGCUGCAUGCCGUUCCCCUGCUGAUAACUCACCUGCAGGCAGAGAGCACAGUGGAGCACACAUAUGCUGCUCAUGCUUUGGAGAGACUGUUCACAAUGAGAGGCCCCAACAACACCACACAUAUCACUCCAGCAGAGAUGGCACCUUUUACUGAACAAUUGCUCAACAACUUGUUCAAGGCACUGUCUCUUCCUGGUUCUGCAGAAAAUGAAUACAUCAUGAAAGCCAUCAUGCGCAGCUUCUCCCUGCUGCAGGAGGCCAUUGUUCCUUACAUUCCCACUCUGAUUGGUCAGCUUACUCAUAAGCUCCUAUCAGUCAGCAAGAAUCCCAGCAAGCCUCACUUUAACCACUACCUGUUUGAGUCCCUGUGCCUGUCUGUCCGCAUCACCUGCAAAGCCAACCCCACUACUGUCGGCAGCUUUGAGGAGGCUCUCUUCCCGGUCUUCACUGAAAUCCUUCAGAAUGAUGUCCAGGAGUUUCUUCCAUACGUGUUCCAGGUGAUGUCUCUCCUCUUAGAGAUGCACUCAAACUCUAUCCCCUCCUCCUACAUGGCUUUAUUCCCUCACCUGUUGCAGCCUGUGCUUUGGGAGCGCACAGGAAACAUCCCCCCUCUGGUGCGCCUGCUUCAGGCUUAUCUGGAGAAAGGAGGUGCCAGUAUUGCUAGCUCGGCUGCAGAUAAAAUACCUGGUUUGCUUGGAGUUUUCCAAAAGCUUAUUGCCUCUAAGGCCAAUGACCAUCAAGGUUUUUACCUCCUCAACAGCAUCAUAGAGCACAUGUCCCCAGAAUCAAUCAUUCAGUACAGGAAGCAGAUCUUCAUUUUGCUCUUCCAGAGGCUACAAAGCUCCAAAACCACCAAGUUCAUCAAGAGUUUCUUGGUGUUCAUCAACUUGUAUUGUGUCAAAUACGGAGCAAUUGCACUUCAGGAGAUUUUUGACAGCAUCCAGCCAAAAAUGUUUGGUAUGGUGCUGGAGAAAAUCAUUAUUCCAGAGGUACAGAAGGUUUCUGGAUCAGUUGAGAAGAAGAUCUGUGCUGUUGGCAUCACCAAAAUCCUUACAGAGUGUCCUGCAAUGAUGGACACAGAGUACACUAAAAUCUGGACGCCUCUGCUCCAAGCCCUCAUUGGUCUGUUUGAGUUACCAGAAGACGACAGCAUCCCAGAUGAUGAGCACUUCAUCGACAUCGAGGACACACCAGGGUACCAGACAGCAUUCUCACAGCUCGCCUUUGCUGGGAAGAAGGAGCACGACCCGAUUGGAGAUGCUGUAGGAAAUCCCAAGAUCCUGCUGGCACAGUCGCUCCACAAGCUUUCUACUGCCUGUCCAGGAAGGGUUCCUUCAAUGCUGAGCACCAGUCUGAAUGCAGAAGCCCUCCAGUACCUGCAGGGCUAUUUACAGGCAGCCACUGUGCAGUUGCUUUGAAACAGAUGUGAUGAGGAGACCACAAUACGCUGCAGUAGUAGCCACAGUGGCCUCUGCUCACACAACAGACCUGCUUCAGCUGAACUUUAAGUCUUUUACAGAUUUUGGUUUUGACUUGACAGUUAAACGAUGGAUUUGUCAGAAGAAUAAUCAUUUUGCCUGAAAUCAGGGUUGUUCUCAGAUUGAAGCUUUUUUUUAAGGGUUUUUAAAAAGAAGUGAACAAAUGUUGAAAUCACUGAAAUACAGUUUAGGUCCUUGGUGUUGCUGUGUAGCAAAAGCUUAACAAGAAUAUCAAGUUCUGAUACAGUUGUCAGUUUAUUUCAACAACAGCAGCAGCAGCAGCAGCAUUGGAGGUAAAUGUCAUCACUAUUGUGGAAUGACAAACAUCAGAUAAUUCUAAUUGGAGAGAUUUCAGUUUUGUAUGUUUGAUUUCCUUUUUAUGGUUCUGGAGAAUCCAGUCUGGCUCAAACACAAUGCUCAAUAUUUUUCUGUUGCAUGUUUCCUGUAGAUUUGUUCGUCCAGUCUUUGUUUCUGCACUGUUUGUUAUUAAUGUGAAUAAAAAGAGGCACUUGUAUAAAUUGU